UCUCUGCAUACACAGAAGGAGAAGAAAUCUAUAACAACACUUUCUAUUCCUUCUCCUUUCGCUUCAGGUUGUGUGAAAAUGGGAGCUGGUGGCCGAACCUCUGUUCCUCGUCAUAAAAGGAAAGCAGGGAAUGAAGUGAAGCGUGUCCCACAUGAAAAACCAGAGUUUAGUCUCAGCCAGAUAAAGAAGGCAAUUCCACAGCACUGUUUUAAUCGCUCUGUAAUUCGUUCAUUUUCUUAUGUGGUCUUUGACCUCACCAUAGCUUCAUGCCUUGCAUAUGUUGCAACCCAUUACUUUUCUGACCUUCCUCACAAUCUUUCUUUAUUGGCAUGGCCCAUUUAUUGGAUUAUACAAGGAAGUGUCCUAACUGGUGUUUGGGUCAUUGCACAUGAGUGUGGUCACCAUGCAUUCAGUGACUAUCAAUGGCUUGAUGACUUAGUUGGCCUUGUUCUCCAUUCAUCUCUCUUGGUCCCUUAUUUCUCAUGGAAAUAUAGCCAUCGUAGACACCACUCAAAUACUGGUUCCCUUGACCGUGAUGAGGUUUUUGUGCCAAAGAAAAAGUCAAGUAUGAGUUGGUACUCUAAGUACCUUAACAACCCACCAGGAAGAGUUCUCACACUUGCUAUAACACUUAUACUUGGGUGGCCACUUUACUUGGCUUUCAAUGUUUCUGGCAGGCAUUAUGAUAGUUUUGCUUGCCACUAUGACCCUUAUAGCCCCAUUUAUUCAAAUCGUGAAAGGCUUCAAAUAUUCAUCUCAGAUGCUGGAAUACUUGCAAUGUUUUAUGGGCUUUAUCAUCUUGUUUUGGCCAAAGGGCUUCUUUGGGUUGUUUGUGUUUAUGGAGGCCCAUUGUUAGUGGUCAAUGGUUUUUUGGUGUUGAUCACAUUUUUGCAGCACACACACCCUUCAUUGCCUCAUUAUGAUUCCUCUGAGUGGGAUUGGCUUAGAGGGGCUUUGUCUACUGUGGACAGAGAUUAUGGAAUUUUGAAUAAGGUUUUGCACAAUAUAACAGAUACCCAUGUGGCUCAUCACUUGUUUUCAACCAUGCCUCAUUAUCAUGCAAUGGAGGCUACAAAGGCUAUAAAGCCAAUCUUGGGAGACUAUUAUCAGUUUGAUGGGACUUCUAUUUAUAAGGCAAUGUGGAGAGAGGCAAAAGAGUGUAUUUAUGUUGAACCUGAUGAAGGAACUAAGAGCAAAGGUGUUUAUUGGUACAACAAUAAGCUGUAAUGGUUAAAUAGAGGUAUUGUGUAUUGGUUGGGAUUUGCUGACUGUUUGUGUCGUUUCCAUUGUAACAGUUGGUUUGGGUAGCUAAAUUAGAGUUCUUGUGGUUUGAAGUAAUUAUCAAAUUUGAAGCCUUCCUGGCUUUGAGUUCAAAACUACUUCUGGAUCUUGUACUUUU